AUGUCCUCAAUCACAAUAGCUAACCUCCCACGCAUAAGCCGCGAUGCGCUCUCGGCCCUCAUCCUCUCUGCAUCCACGCCUAGCAAACUAGCAAUCAUUGACGUGCGAGACUCUGACCACGUUGGCGGCCAUAUCGUCUCCUCAACCUGGGUUCCCAGCUCGACACUAGAUGUCCGCAUACCGGAACUCGUGCGGACCCUGAAAGAUAAAGAGAAAGUCGUCUUCCACUGCGCGCUCAGCCAGCAGCGCGGACCUUCUGCAGCGCUAAAAUACGCGCGCGAGCGCGAAAGGAUGCUAGGAAGUGAAGAAAGCCACAAGCAGGAGGUUUUCGUGCUAGAGGGAGGGUUUGUCCAGUGGCAGGAGAUGUAUGGAAAGGAUGUCAGAUUGACGGAGGCUUAUGUGGAAGAUAUUUGGCGCGAAUAUUGAAAUGGAGUGGCUUAACUUUACUUUACUUGAUUGACUGAGAU